AUGAAGACGUCCUCAUCCCCCCGCCCGCCGCCCGCGCCGCGCGACAUCGAGGACCUGGGCGACGUCCGAGGCCGCGUGCACAGCGUCGACAGCUUCACCGCGGUGGACGGGCACGGCAUACGCGCGAUAGUGUUCCUGCAAGGGUGCGAGAAGCGCUGUGUUUUCUGUUGUAACCCAGACAGCUGGUCCGCGCGCUCGGGCGCGUCCAUGACGGCGAAGCAGGUCUUCACGCGGAUACAGAGGAACGCGCGGUAUUACGCGGCGAGCGGCGGCGGGAUCACGCUGUCGGGGGGCGAGCCGCUGUUGCAGGCGCGUCGUCGUCGUCGUCGCCCGGCGUUCGCGGCCGAGCUCUGCGAUCUCGUGCGCGCGAGAGGACUGACCGCCGCGAUCGACACCGCGGCGGGGGGCACGAGCGCCGGGUGGGACGUCGUCCUUCCGCGCGUGGACCUCGUCCUUCUGUGCGUCAAGAGCUCCAUCGCGAGUAAGCACGCGCGCAUCACCGGGUCCGCGGACGACCGGCCGUUCAGACAGAUGCUGAGCUUCUUGGCCGCGACGCGAGCGCGGGGGAUCGAGACGUGGAUCCGGUUCGAUCGAGCCGCGUUCUUCCGCGCCAUCGCGACCGACGGCGACGACGAGAUCGCCGGCGUCGCGGCGUUGUGCGACGCGCACGCGAACGUCCAGGGCGUGGAGCUCUUGCCGUACCACAGGUUCGGCGAGUACAAGUGGAAAGAGAUGGGAGUAACGUACCCGAUGCGAGGGGGGCGGACGCCGUCGAGAGAGACGAUCGCGAGCGUGAAGCGGAAGUUCGAGGCGCGCGGCGUGCGCGUCAUCGCGUGA